UCGUACUUUGACACAUUCCAAACUCCAGUCUUCUUUCCUCCCGCGCCCUCCUAGAACAAAUUUUAAACUACUGUGACGAUUGAUAAACAAAAAAAAAUAGUGAAAGGAUUGACAAUAUCUACAAUGGAUAUUGUUGUAACUACAUUUACAAAUCCUUUUUCAUUUUUUUGUUAUGUUAAAGGUACUAUUAGUGAAAACGUUUAUCUCGAUGAUUUCACGACGCACGACAAACUUUCUUACGAUGUUUCUAAAGUUAAUCACGGACAGUAUGUAACAGUUAUGUGGAAAAAUAAAUGGAAUCGAGGCAUAAUUUCCAUGGAAAAUCAGCUUUUGAUUUGGUUAAUUGAUCAUGGUAGAUUUUUGCGACCUGACAAGGAUACGAUUUACGUAGACCUACCUCAGCGUUAUAAAACGUACCCAAGUAAAGUUUUCGAAGCUAGUGUUCAUGGUGUUAUUCCAGUUGAUAAAGUUAUCAGUCAAGAGUGUCAGAUAACAAAUGGUGUUACCACUGAAUGGAACAAGGGAGCCAUUGAAAAAGCUCAAGAAUUGAUAAAAAAUGCUAGGAAUACUUAUUUUGUACCUCUUGCUUUGAUGACAACAAAAUACAAUGAUGUGGUACUUGGAGAUUUAUAUCUAGAAAUGCCCGGCAAUCGCCUGAUAAAUUUCAUACAGGAAUUAGAAUUAUGGCCUGUGUUUUUAGAAUGCAAUAAAAGUGCAUACAUAAAAAAUCUACGAAACUUUUAUACAAGUCGACGUAAACACCGUUCUUGUUUCAUGAAACCAAACAUGAUAGAUUCAAAUUUAUCUGUUAUGACUUUAGAAACAAACUUACUUCAGUACAGCGCCAUCUGUGUUGAAAAACCAGAAUUCUCUUUGACACAAAAUUCCGAAGGGAGUUCAAUAGAUGGCAGCACUGUCCUUGAUAUUGAUCAAAAAGAGGAGAAAAAUAUUUACAAACUAACGCAUGAUGAAAUUGAAAAAUAUGCCGAUAUGAAUAUAACACUAAACGGUCGAGAAUAUAAUGCUUUGAACAUCUUGCUAAACAAAAUUCGAGAUUUGAAUAUUUGCGAACGUUACAAAGACCACGAUUUAAAAACAGUUGGAUGUGGAAUAAUAUCACGGAGAUGUUUGCAUUAGUAUUUCAAAUUUACGAAUAGGAAAUUGUAGAUCAUCUUUAUAAUGGUCGCAAUACUUAAAUUGCCAUGUUUAAGUUUCUUAAAAUUAAUGGUAAAAAGAUUAAAAAUGUCUGUCAUCUGGAAUGGCAGGUGAUGGUUGAUUUUAUAUUGAAUUUACCUUUCUUAUACAAUUUUGUUUGGUUUCAACUUUAUUCGUUAAUUUUGCUUCCAAGCAAAUAUUCGUCAAAAUUCAUAACAGA